UGUAAGGAGAAGUGUGUCCCAUGUUGCAUUAGUGUCCGUGUGAAAUGCUGGCCUGUCUGCCAGGGCCAGGUGACCUCCCCCUCCAGCUUCUCCCCCACACGCAGAUGAACACUGGACCUCAGAAAUCAAUGUGCCGAACACACAAGGCAAUGCGGUGGGCACAGUGCAGACAGGACGCAUGGAGACAUACACAAAGUUUUUCAUUGGGGACACCACUCAAAGGAUGAGAUCCACCCCCUUCCCAACCCCUGCAGAAUUGGAUGCCUAUGCUAAGAAGGUUGCCAACAACCCCCUCACUAUCAAGAUCUUCCCCAACAGCGUCAAGGUCCCCCAGCGGAAUCACGUGCGCCGCACGGUCAACGGGCUGGACACAUCAGGCCAGCGCUACAGCCCUUACCCUUCCUCUCAGGCCAGCGCCAAGGCCGGCCUCCUCGCCAUCGUCAAGGUGCCCGCCAUCAAGGGCAUCCUCAAGGAUUUCGCCGGCAGCCGGGCUCGCCUGCACCCUGAAGUCAUCAUGAACCACCUCAGCGGACCUUACCAAGUGGCUUCGACCAGCACUUUAAACCAUCACCCGACUCUGUCCAACCAGAGCUUAGCACUGCAACCGCAGGACGCACCUCAGACUCUACAGAUGCCACUCAGACACCCUUUCACCAUGGCCCAGCACCCUCAGGGCCCACCUAGACUGCAGACUGUCUCUCAGCACCCAGCCCUCGGUCACCCUCAGGUGCCCUCCACUGUCUUACUCCAGCAGCAGCAGCACCUUCAGCAGCAGCAACAGCAGGCACCACCCGGCCUACAGGGGAGCAGAAAGCUGCCGGAUGGCGACGUGCCGCCCAAUGUGACCGUCUCUACCUCAACCAUUCCGCUCCCCAUGGCCACAGGGUUGCAGCACGGCCACCAGCCGGACUUGAGCACCAUUGUGCACCAGAUCAACCAAUUCUGCCAAGCUCGGGCCCACAGUGCUGGCUCGGCAUCCCUGUGCGAGGGCCAGAUUGCUAACCCAAGCCCCAUCAGUCGCAACCUGCUCAUCAACGCCUGCUCCAGGGUGUCCAUGUACAACAACUCCGCCGCCUCCGGCUUCCCCCCACCCAACUGCAUCGUCGGCCCCCAUGAGAAAGCCACCAUCCCGGUGGGGGCCCUCCCUCCACCCACCGUGACCAUGAACCACUUGCCUUCCAACCACACAGAUCUCAAGCAGCAACAGCACCCUCAACAACAUCUGCAACCACAAGCCAAUCAACAACAACAGAAUAUGCGCUCUUGGAAUCAGCCUCAGUUGACCCACCAUAUUCAGAAUUGCGGGAACCAACCCAGCAAGCAGCCCCCGAGGGAAGCCACCUUCCAUUUUAAGGGAAUGAGCUACCCUGCAGACAUGUGCGUGGGUCAGCCGUAUGUACUCAAACCUCCUAUCGAGCGGCCCACACCCUCGCCGCCCGUCAACAACGGCAUGAUGGCCCACUACAACAACGGCCACUACUUCCAGUCCCACAUUUGGAACAGCGGCAUCCUCCCCACGCCCAACAGCGACAGCUCCGGCUCUCAGGACGUAGCCAUGCCAUUCCACGGGGCAGGCCCAGGGGGGUGCGCCGCGCUAGAAUGUGGUCCCCCUGGGCCUCCCCAUUACCGGCUACCACCGAUCUCCUCUGCCCAGACUAAUCUGAUGCAAACCGCAGAUUACAUGGGCGGGGACUUCCAGGCGCCCUAUUUCCGCGAUCAGAAUCUAGGGUUGAUGGUUAAGAUGCACGGACCCCCUGUGAGCAGGGAGGUCGGGGAUGGCAGAAGUGCUCUCAUCCAGCAUCCAGGGUACAGAUAAGCUAUGGCUUUGUCUCCAACACUUUCUUUAGUCUUAAAUGAAUACAUUUCCUUCAUGAAGAAUAGUAUUCUUUGUUGAUGCAUCUUGCAAGUGAUCAAUUCUUUUAUUUAUUAGUUUUUUUGUUUGUUAGUGAAUGCUUUUACCUGGAAUAUUUAGGACAAAUCUACUGUGUCAUUCCCUGCUUUUUUGCCUCACUUUCAGCGUGCGCCUGGAUCUCAACAGAUCCUGUGUCAGUUCCACUUCACACAUUUGCAGUAGGGAUGUUCCGAUCAAGGAUGUAUGCUGCUGACUGCGAUACCGAUUAUCCAUGCGAGAGAUCGUGCGAUACCAAUACUGAUACUGAUCACAUGUAUUAACUGUAAAUUUUUCUCUGUAUUUAUGAGUGCUAUUGACAGUUUAAUAAUAUCAACACAAUAUUCAUAGUAGUUCCUUAUUUUCUUUAAUUAUAUACAACAAAGUCAAUAGUACACAAUAACUCAACAAAAUGUAUUAUCCGUUUAAAUCCUUUUUGCCACUAAAGCCCUCCUUUGUCCAAUGAGUUAUUCCCUGAAUUUGUAAACAAGCAAUCAAAAUAUAUAUAUAUUUUAAGAAAAUAAAAAUAUUAACUUAAUCACUCUAGUAUUGAUCACAUACUGAUAUUAUCCUUUGUGUUGACACUACCAAUUUAUGGAUCGAUCCGCCCUCCUCUUACGUGUUGUGUACUGACUGUGACAAUGCUGACACAGCAACAGUUGUUAUAUUAUCCUCUCUUUAGACUUUCAUUAAUCUACUUCAUUAAUCUAUGUGCUAAUUCAAGGUUAAUAUCUGCUGCAACGUGGUUCCAUCAACACUUAAACUUUACUAAGCACUUAUUUAAUAUAUUGAUUCAAGCUACAUUAGCUGCUAGCUCGUUUAGCUAUUGACAUACCUGCUCCUGCUUGCUCUUGGUGUGUAACAUGUUUAGCCUCGACCUCCAGUGAUAAUGUUACUUAAGAUACUAAAAGAAAUGCCGUUUAUUUGUCGUAAUGGAGGUGAUUAUUAGUUUAGCGGAGCGGCUUCACACUGUGUAUGGAGAUACACAUGUAACUGCUAGCCAGUCAGCUGGGGUCUAAAAACAAAUACAGUAUUAGCCAGAGGGGGUCAGCGUUUGUGAUCGUCAUUAAAAGGCAUUAAUCGACAAUGGCGACCACGUACUUUUUCACGAAAUCGGCCGAUGCUGAUCAGCGCAUCCCUAGUUUGCAAGGUAAAUAGAGAAAAGUUGAUUCCUUCCUUCUGUUUUGUUUUUACAUUUGAGGAAUUUCUGGCUUAAGAUGAUUAGGCAAGAAAAGACUUCCAAAUCAAGCCAGGAAAGUGUGUGUGUGUGUGUGUGUGUGUACGUACGUACGCAGAAUGACAUGUCAUUAUUUAUUCGUGUGAUAUUGAAAUUGAUUCCUCGCCAUCAGGUUAUAUGUACAUAGCAAGGAGCCAGGAAGGAGCGCACUUCUGCUCCAUCUUACUUCAAAUGCUGCAAUGAAUUCAGGUGUUUCAAAAGAAAAAGAAAAGAAAAAAGUGCAGUGUCACCCGGCCAGGAAGGCUUCGGUUGUGACGUUUAAAGUUAAACAUCAGCCAAAGUCCAACACUGACUUUCUGUUUGAGAGAUGUGCCAUUUGUUUGACUUUAUUUUACCCAGCAUUUCUUUUUCCGGAACAUGACAAAUAUAUUACUUGAAUGUGGAGAUGAUUUGCUUUGCAGGCCAAACAAGAGUACAUAAAGUACAUAGUGUUACUUCAAGUGAAGUGUCGUUGCUACUGAUUCUCAUGUGAAGACCAAAUUGAUCACUUGCAAGAUCACGGGAAGUAAAAACAACAGACUUGUCUUUUUUAUAUAUAUAUAUAUAUAUAUAUAUAUAUAUAAGUUGAACAGCAAAUGCAUUGUUUAUUUUAUUGUACACUGGCUUACCUACUAGACUACUGUAACAUUUUAACGAUGAGUGUGAGUGUUGCCAGGUUGUGUGCGUGUGUGUGCACGCGCGUGUGUGUCACAAUUGUUUGUUCACCUAACGACCCCUAAAAAGCCUUAAUUGUUUGGUCCUUGGACUUUUCCUCAAGCAUGGUUUUAAAGACAACCCCAAAUAAUAAGGAAGAAAGACGGUGAGCAUACACAGACACAGAAUUUCUUUCUUUGUCUUCUUUUUAUUGACUAGACCAAGCAAUUCCUUAGUGAUUCGUUAUGAGAAGCAAGGAAAGAAGUGAUAUUUUCUAAUUCUAAAGUAUAUUUUAGCAAUGUGUAGUUACUGAGCUGUAACUCCCCACCCCCAGGUUUCAAAGCUUCGUUUGCAGUCAUUACUAUUUAUAAUACUUGAUUCACUUGGUAUUUAAGUUUUUGUUUUUCUUCCUUGCUGUGAAAAGGAAGAAGGUCCACAGCCUAUCUUUUGUCAUCUUUUUAAGAUGAUGAAGAAGCAAGAAGAGCAUGAGAAUUGUUCUACUCUUUUUGUAAUAUUGUAAUAAUAAAAUAAAAUUCUAAUUUAUGCUUUCA